GCAGCGGUUUCAGGGGCCAGGGAGGCCAGCAGCGCCGGCCGGGGUGGGCUGAGCCCCUCGGGGCCGCUCCUCCCCUGACGCUCCCACGGCAGGGCGACCGCUGCAUCAUGGGCCAGCAGAGAAGCUUCCGGAAGAGAAAGCCCACGUCCUGGUGCGUCAAGGGGAAGAGCUUCACGUCGCCGCUCACGUCCCGCGUGUGCGCGUGCCGGGACUCGGACUUCUUGUGCGACUACGGGUUCGAGCGUGUCCCCUCCACAGAGUCCGACGCCGACAAGUGCUCUGCCAACUUCUGGUUUAACCCGCUGUCCCCGCCCGAAGACUGUGCCCUGGGCCAGACCUACACCAGCAGCCUCGGGUACCGGAAGGUGGUGUCCAACGUGUGCGAGGGCGGCGUGGACCUGCAGCAGAGCCCGGCGCGGCUGCAGUGCCCUCUCAUGCCGCCCCGGGGCCUGCGGGUCAGCAUCCAUGGCGACGCGGUGGCCGUGCGGCCCGGGGAGGACGUCCUGUUCGUGGUGCAGCAGGAGCGGGGUGAUGUCCUGACCACCAAGUACCAGGUAGACCUUGGCGAUGGCUUCAAGGCCAUGUAUGUGAACCUGACGCUGACGGGGGAGCCCGUCCGGCAUCGCUACGAGAGCCCGGGCAUCUAUCGCGUGUCCGUUAGGGCCGAGAACGUGGCGGGGCACGAUGAGGCGGUGCUCUUCAUCCAGGUCAACGCGCCCCUGCAGGCCCUCUACCUGGAAGCGGUUCCCAUCACGGGCGUCAACCGGGAGGUGAACCUCACGGCUGUGCUGCUCCCGCUGAGCCCCAACCUCACCGUCUUCUACUGGUGGAUCGGCCACAGCCUGCAGCCCCUCCUCUCCCUGGAGAACUCUGUGACGACACGCUUCCCGGACACGGGGGACGUGCGUGUGACCGUGCAGGCCUCCUGUGGGAACUCGGUGCUGCAGGACUCCAGGGUCAUCCGCGUGCUGGAUCAAUUCCAGGUUGUGCCGCUGCAGUUUUCCAAGAGCCUGGAUGCCUACAACCCCAACACGCCCGAGUGGAGGGAGGACGUGGGCCUGGUGGUCACCCGGCUGCUCUCCAAGGAGACCAGCAUCCCCGAGGAGCUGCUGGUGACCGUGGUGACGCCCGGCCUGCCCACCGUGGCCGACCUGUAUGUGCUCCUGCCCCCUCCCCGGCCCACGAGGAAGAGGAGCCUCACGGGCGACAAGCUUCGCACCUUCUGCGGCCUGCGUCUCUUUUCCAUUCCGACGGAAACGAGGCGUUUUUGCGGGCCGGGCCCUGGCUGGGCCCGCUUUGUGUCCCACCGCUGGUUCUCGGUGAAAAUUGGCUG